GUCGGGGGAGGGCUGGGGCCAGGAAAUGAGGCAGGAAGCCGGGGCGGCCGAGAGGAAGGUAACGGCGCUUCCCUCCCCGCCCCGGCUCGCUGGCCGCCCCUCUCCCCCGCCGGCGGCCGGGCCUGGCUGCCUGUCCCGACCCGGGCCGGCCCCGACCCGCCGGGCUGAGGCUCCCGCCCCGCUGCUGGGGCCGGCGGGGCUGGAAGGGCGGCGGCCGGAGGCCCGGCGUGCCCCUGCCCGGGCGGGCCGGGGUCGGGCCCGGGCUCGGCCCCAGCCCCGCGGCCCUGGCCCGCUUCGGCCGUCUCCGAGGGAUUACGUGCCGCAGAUAUCUGUGAAUUGAGGUCCUUUUGCAUCACCGUUAUCCAGGAGCACUGGAAUCCCCCUCACUCCCCUUCCUCCCAGUUUCACCUCCUGCUGUAGCUGAGCUGUUGAGAUAAUGGAGCUCAGGACUGUGGUAGCCACCGUGGAAAGUGGGGAGCAAGACACAGUUCUCAAGGUGCUUCAGAUCUACAACCAGGAGAAAUCUCAGUGCUUCACCUUUGACGAUGAGGAGCGGGAAGAGAGGAAGAAAAUGGCCCAGCUGCUGAUCAAGUUCCUGGAAAGAGAGCUGCAGCCGUCCUGCCAGGUCACAUGUUUGGAAAGCAUCCGCAUCCUGUCCCGGGACAAAUACUGCCUUGACCCUUUCACUACCAAGGAAGGCUUGAAGACCCUCUCCAGGCAUGCUGGCAUUGAUUACUCAGAGGAGCUCAUCCGGGAGGUCCCAGACUUGGAUGUAAUCCUGGAAUCCCUCAAAUGUCUCUGCAACAUUGUCUUCAGCAGCCCUAGGGCACAGGAGCUGACAGCUGAAGCCCGGCUGGUGGUGGGCCUGGCCAAGCGCAUCAAACUGUACAACGAGAGGAGCCUUCCACAUGAGGUCAAGUUCUUUGACCUGCGUCUCCUGUUCCUGCUGACGGCGCUGAGGGUGGACAUCCGGCAGCAGCUAGCCCAAGAGCUCAGGGGCAUCAGCCUGAUGACAGAUACCCUGGAGCUGACCCUUGGUGUAAAGUGGAUGGACCCCUACGAAGUUGCCACCGAGGAGGGACUUCUCCCACCUUUGCCUCGGCAGGAGACAGAGCGAGCCAUGGAGAUCCUGAAAGUGCUCUUCAAUAUCACCUUUGAUUCCAGCAAGAGGGAGGUGGAUGAGGAAGAUGCUGCUUUGUACCGGCACUUGGGUGCCCUCCUGCGCCACUGCCUCAUGAUCUCUGCUGAUGGAGAGGACCGGACAGAGGAGUUCCACAGUCAUACAGUUAACCUUUUGGGCAAUCUGCCCCUGAAAUGUCUGGAUGUCCUCCUGACCCCGAAAGUCCGGCCAGGCUCGCUUGAGUACAUGGGUGUCAACAUGGAUGCAGUCAGCAUCCUGCUGGAUUUUCUAGAGCGACGCCUUGACAGGGGACACAAGCUGAAGGAGAGUUUGACCCCUGUGCUGAACCUGCUGACUGAGAGUGCCCGAGUCCACCGCCAGACAAGGAAGUUCCUGAAGGCGAAGGUGCUGCCUCCGCUCCGGGACGUGAGGAAUCGGCCAGAGGUGGGGAACUCGCUGCGGAACAAGCUGGUGCGUUUGAUGACCCACAUCGACACUGAUGUGAAGCACUGCGCAGCAGAGUUCCUGUUCGUGCUCUGCAAGGAGAGCGUGUCGCGGUUUGUGAAGUACACGGGCUACGGGAAUGCAGCUGGGCUCCUGGCAGCACGAGGCCUCAUGGCUGGUGGUCGGGAAGAGGGAGAGUACUCGGAAGAUGAAGACACAGACACUGAGGAGUAUAAAGAGGCAAAGCCCAACAUUAACCCUGUGACAGGACGUGUUGAGGAGAAACUACCCAACCCUAUGGAAGGGAUGACUGAAGAGCAGAAGGAAUAUGAAGCCAUGAAGUUAGUCAACAUGUUUGACAAAUUAUCUAGAGAGCAAGUCAUCCAGCCCAUGGGCAUCACACCAAGCGGCAACCUGGCCCCCAUGGAAAAUGCCAUCCGCGACAUGGCUGACGAGAGAUCGUCGUCCGACUCGGACCUGGGACUGGACUGAUCCAGACCUCUCGUCCCCAACCUCUGAGAGCUGGGGACCCUCCAUCCGCUCUCCCUCCAGAACUGGUGCUGCACCCAGAGGCUAGUACUGGGCCAGGACUCUGCCUGUGGGAUCUGGAUCCAGCCUGGACCCCUCACAGUCCACAGCAAGGAACACUUCCUGCUCCUUCCCAGCUCCAUAACCACCUCACCUUCCUGAGGGUCUUCAUGGCCUGCCUCCACCUUGGUCUUUCCUGUCAGCACCCUUGAGGAUUUCAUACUCCAAAUUGCUUCCAGGACUUUCCAGUAGGAUUUUUUUUAAAUACAUGAUGCUUGGGAAGAAAGGGGGAGUGGGGAAAUCUUUGCCACACCAUCAGGGUUCAGCAAUCUGCAGAGCAUCUUGCGUAUGUGCCAACGUUUGUGUGGCCACUUGUCAGCACGUGUGUCGCUGUGCGUGGCUACGUGUGGCUGGCCCUAUGCAGGGGGAGCUGCUCCCCAAGAAUGCAGGUGGGAAGAUGGGACUGCAGGAGAGGCGUGUGAGCGGUUAUUCACGGCAGUUCUUGGGGAGCGGUGUCUGCGGGGUGUCUCGGCAUAGUGCAUCCAUUUCAUCAGCAGGUAGCUGUAGAUGUGCGCUAUGUGUGCGCGGCUGUGAGCGUGAUGGUGUCUGCGCAAAACCAGGAGUGUGUGGACUUACGAGUGUGUACGUGAGUGCAGAGGGGAGUAGUGGUGUGCGCACUGUGGGGAGGCAAGUAAAGCCUUUGUGUGAAGCUUCCAGCAUUCCCAUCAGCCACAGGAGAGAAACGUGCAGGUGACUGCCAGGAACACUCUGAUAGUCUCUGGCACUGUGCAAUGUUCCUGUUACCACGGGGUUUAGUUUUUGGCAUUAGCCUUUCCCCAUCUCACGCUUUCCAAAUGAAAGGUUGAAAUCUGUGCUUUGUCUGCUGCGUCCUCAUCUGCUUUGGCUUUCCCACAGGUCCACUGCUGUUUGCACCCAGGGGCUGGCGUUGGUCCUGUCCUUUGCUGUGGCUUAGAUUUGUCUUUUUUUUUUCUGUUUUUUUUUUUCUUUUUAAAGAAAAUUGUUUUAAAGAAAAUCUUCCAGUUUGUCUCAUGUACCAGAGUUCCAAAACUUACUGUCACAAGUAGGAAUGCAAAAGUCAUGCUAGAAUAAAGAAAACCUGAUAAAUGGG